AUGUUAACAAACUCAACCAACAUUUUAACAAACUCCAACAGCUUUAACCAUCAUUUAACAAACUCUGCUGAAGUGGCCUUCACUACUGAUGCUGAUGUGGAUGCUGAUGUGGUUUGGACCUUUUAUAGACUCACUAGUACUCCUGCCCUGCCUAUCUUAGGCUCAUGCCACUUUGAUGAACUUGUAGCCAAUGCUACCUACAUUGGUACCCCUGGGAAGGGAAUCCUUGCUGCAGAUGAGUCAACAGGCACGAUUGGCAAGCGUUUGUCAAGCAUAAAUGUCGAGAAUACUGAAAAUAACAGGCGAGCUCUCCGUGAGCUCCUCUUCUGUGCCCCGGGUGCACUCCAGUAUCUCAGCGGUGUGAUCCUUUUUGAGGAAACCCUUUACCAGAAAACAGCCGGCGGGAAACCUUUUGUUGAUAUCCUCAAAGACGGUGGCGUCCUUCCUGGAAUUAAAGUUGACAAGGGCACUGUUGAGCUUGUUGGAACUAAUGGUGAGACCACAACUCAGGGUCUUGACGGUCUUGCCCAGCGCUGCCAGCAAUACUAUGAAGCUGGUGCCCGGUUUGCAAAGUGGCGUGCUGUACUCAAGAUUGGCCCGAACGAGCCAACUCAGCUUGCUAUAAACGAGAAUGCCAAUGGCUUAGCGCGCUACGCUGUCAUUUGCCAGGAGAAUGGCUUGGUACCAAUUGUUGAGCCAGAGAUACUGGUUGAUGGAUCUCAUGACAUUGAGCGAUGCGCAGAUGUGACUGAGCGUGUCCUUGCAGCGUGCUAUAAAGCACUGAACGAUCACCAUGUCCUUCUCGAGGGGACUCUUUUGAAGCCAAACAUGGUUACCCCUGGUUCAGAUGCCAAAAAGGUUUCACCUGAGGUGGUGGCUUAUCAUACAUUAAGGGCGUUGCAGCGAACAAUGCCUCCAGCUGUUCCUGCUGUAGUAUUUCUUUCUGGUGGGCAGAGUGAGGAGGAAGCUACCCUCAAUUUGAAUGCUAUGAACAAGCUCAAUACCAAGAAACCCUGGUCACUUUCAUUCUCUUUCGGGCGGGCUCUGCAGCAGAGUACCCUAAAGGCGUGGGCUGGAAAGGAUGAAAAUGUGGAGAAGGCACGGGCUGCCUUUCUUGCUAGGUGCAAAGCUAAUUCAGAAGCAACUUUGGGUACCUACAAAGGGGAUGCUGCAUUGGGAGAUGGUGCUUCGGAGAGUCUUCACGUGAAGGAUUACAAAUAUUGAAGAUUUUGCAGGUCAAUUCAUAUUUCCUUAUAUAUUGCUGUUAGUUAGGAAAUUAAUCGAGAAAUGAAAGUUUCUUUUUUGUUCUUUGGAAUGCAACUGAUUAAAAUUCGGUGGCAUGUAUCGUCACGGCUUGAUUAUUGCCCUUUA